AUGGCUCCCAGCAAUGCAAGCCUGGAAUCUGCAACAACCGCAAGGAGACAGUCUUGUGACCGCUGCCACGGCCAGAAGCUUCGCUGCACUCGUUCAGGCAACUGCGAUACCGGUGCGUGCAAUCGCUGUCUUCGGCAGGACGCUCAAUGUGUCUACAGCUUCAGCCUACCUAGAGGCCGCCCAAGUCGUUACCGCACAUCAGAGCAGCCCGUCUCCCCGAGGAAGCAACGGACAUCGUCAUCAUCGACGACAGCCCCCAUACCUGCUUAUGCCCCUAUCACUGCCACAAGUGACCGUUCCAAGACCAGUACCAGCAUCUCCACCGACACGAACAUGGGCCUAGUAGGCCGUGCAUACAAGACCGCAGAAGACUCCUUAUCAUCCUCGUCAUCAUCCGCCACGAGUGACUGGCCUUGGACAGCCGACAUGAGCAUGGACGGAUUCCCAAUGAGCAUGUCCGAGCCGAGGAACGGUCUGCAUGCUCCAAUGGCUAUCGAUCCGCAACUCGAGAGCGGAGCGUUCGAUGCUUCCAUCUUCUGUGAUGCAUUCCCCCCUUCCUGGAUAAACAGCAGGGACUCCUUCUCCGGAGUAGGCGAUAAGCCCGAGGGCAUCUCCAUCGAUAGAGGUCACGAAUCCAGCAGCAGCACCGGCAGCAUAGGCCUCGUUCGGGCUGGCAGGAGCAAGAGCGACAAGGUCAUCAGGGCCAGACUGGCCAGCCCCGGUGAGAUCGAUCUCAGCUGCCUUGAGAAAUCAUUGUCCCCAUCCCAGCUGGACAGAUCCACACCCUCCUCCUGCAUUGCACAGCUUUCGGAGCUGAGCAUGCGCCUUCACCCACUUCUGAGCGCCAGCUGUGUGCUGGCCGAGCCGACCGCCGGCACAGAGUCAAUGGGAUCGCACGAUGGGAGAUGCAGCUUGGGCGGCCUCAUGUUGAAUGACACGGCUUUCGAGUCUGUGUCAUUGUGGGUCGCCCACGUCUCUGCCAAAGGCCUGAGCAUGGAGUACGGACAGCACGACCACGUUCUCGAAGAUGGCCUCGUCCCCAGGCUCGGGGAUGUGGUUCGCGAUGCCUUUGCCGCGUCCCACCAGCUCCUAUACAUAUUGCAGUCCUUGCACCUCACCAAACCGGGUUCCACUCCUCCCGUAAGCGCUAAGGGGUAUUUCGAGAUGCCUUCCAUCCCCAGGUCUAGUGCGGCCGCCUCCAUGAUGGCGUCUCUCAGAGGUCCUGACCAGUACUCCGCUGUCGUUGCGAGGCCCCUCGUCAGUGCGUGCCACGGACUCCUCCUCAGCACCUACGUUGUUGUCCUCAUCGUGCUGCAGCAUGAUGCUGACCUGCUCCUCAGCAAGAGCCCCAACAGCGGCAGUGACCCCACAUCAGCUGCUGACAUGGACUGCCCCGCUGCCGCGUCCCCGUUCGGGGACAUCCGCAGGCUGUCAAUCGGUAUCUGA